AUAGCAAACAUAUUGUAAACAUUGUAGUUUUAUAACUUUCUUUUAUUACGUCCUUAUUGAAGUAUGACUGUCGUAAACAUGGCGGAAGCUUUCCAUGGUUGUCGUCUUUAUCUAAGACUGACAGACACUUUUCUCGUAUAUUUUCUUUUAUUCCAAACAUCAUUUUCAAGAUCCUCCAUUUGUGAGAAUAACAGUAAUGAUAAAAAUAUGUGUUCAUAUUUAAAUGGAGUCAGUAGUACAGGCUGGACGUGCGAAACAAGGUGUUGUGAUGGGUGGACUCAAAAUGAUGACGGUCACUGUGUCUCAAGUUUGCCACCAGAUUACACAAAACCUACGAUGAUAGGCUGUCCAAGACCCGGAGAACACAUACCAGUAUAUAUCGGCACAACACGUAAUGUCGGAUUUUUAUCAAGAAAACACUUCCAUGCCCAAGACUGGAGAGGACAUCCCCUUUAUGUAGGCUUAUCGAAGGACGAAUUUCAGCAUUGCCGAUGUUCCAGACCCUAUGAAAAUGUAACCGCUACCAGUGAAAAGGACGCUUAUGGAAAUAGAACGUAUUGUCGCUUCUCAGUUGUGAUAAAAGAUAUCUACCCACCAGUGUAUGAGAAUUGUCCUAAAGACCAAAUGGUUUCAUUUAGAGAAAAUGUAACAUGGAUGGAACCAACGGUGACGGACAAUGUGGGUGUUUUGCGUGAAAAUACCCCGAAUCUGUUCAACAAUACGAAAUUAUCCCCUGGAUUGCACUGUAUGAUUUAUAAUGCUACGGACUACUCCAGAAAUACCGGGACCUGUAUGUUUACAGUGACUGUAUUACAAGAGUCUGAAAUCGUAUCUUGCUACGGAGGAGUAAAUUCAUCCAUAACUAUAAGUGGAACAAUCCUCGGAGCUUUGGUUAUAAUACUGAUCGUAAUGACAGUAGUUUUGAUUCCUCUUUGCAAAAGACGACGACGACGAAAUCAACUGCAACGCCAAUCGAGGAGUGCAAGCAACUCCAGCGAGGUCCACCUUUUUACUGUUUACAACAAUGAUCCUCCACCAUAUGACGUUGUUGUUUCAAAUAAACUACCAGACUAUAGUCCACCCACUGAGCCACCAUCCUAUGAUAGUUUACAUUCCGAAAACGCUAUGAAUGCUCAGAGAGAAGACAACGGAUUUGUUUUCUCAAACAAUGAAGUUUGUGCAAACGACGCAGCAAUCAGUGGCGAUUCCUUCAAUGCAUUUUCAGUAACAUCAUUGCAACAAAAUAACGACAGCAAGCCAAAUGACACUAGGCAUAACGCUAAUUCACAUUAUAUUCAAAAUAACAAACAGACUAACACCGAGAGUACAGAGACACUUGUCUAAACGUGGGGUUAAGAUCAUCACAAUCAGUAUAUAGAAAUCACGAGAACAUUAAUCCUAUUCGUUACAUCUGUACCUUUUGAAGCUUUACGAUAGACACGAUUUGUUAUGAAGGUUUUGCAAAAUGCUUUUGUAUAUGUCAAUUUGAUAAUAGUGUCCUAUAUUUUACCCCCCUGCAAACUGUUUUUGUAUAUAUCAAUUUGAUAAUAGUGUCCUAUAUUUUACCCCCCUGCAAACUGUUUUUGUAUAUGUCAAUUUGAUAAUAGUGUCAUAUAUUUUACCACCCUGCAAACUGUUUUUGUAUAUGUCAAUUUGAUAAUAGUGUCCUAUAUUUUACCCCCCUGCAAACUGUUUUUGUAUAUAUCAAUUUGAUAAUAGUGUCCUAUAUUUUACCACCCUGCAAACUGUUUUUGUAUAUAUCAAUUUGAUAAUAGUGUCCUAUAUUUUACCACCCUGCAAAAUGUUUUUGUAUAUGUCAAUUUGAUAAUAGUGUCUAAUAUUUAACCAACCUCCUUUUUCAAAUAAUCUUUGUAAAAAAAGUAUGUUACCUAUUGGGCAUUAUGAUCUGUUUAAUCUUUGUAUCGUUGCUUUUUCAUUAACGUAUAUCCCAUAUCUGCUUUUAUCAAAAUAUCUUUUGUUGAAAUAGCCGCAUGUAUGUAUAUCCAUUUGUCUGUCCUAACCUAUACCACUAAGCGUUCCUGAAAAUUAAUUUUAUUUAGUACGAUACGUUUAACUUUCAAUUGCAACUAGCUAAUAUUCGUAUUCCCAGUGUUUACCAGGAGACGGUAGCUACUGAUGGAGCAGGAAUAUCUAACCCUUCCUUAACACCAGGGUUCACCUCUAGGUUUUUCAAGGGAUUCGUAUUGCCUUUGCUUUUUUGUGUUAUAUUAUAGGUUGUUUCAUUUUUUCAUGUGCGUGUUGUUUCUCUUGAUUACCCUGCUGUAUGAAAUCUACCCUGAAGUAUUGCCAACGUCAUAAAGAGUAAUAGAUAGCCUUAUUUCAUAUCAGCGAAAAUUCUUGGAUUUAAGGAUGUUUGCUACUCUGUUUAUAAUUAUCAAGCUUUUUAAAAGACUGUUAUAAAUUGGUAGUAUAUAAAUAAAGAAACUAAAAAAGCAGAAAAAAACGAAGGGUCCAUGUGCUUGUUUUCGAGAUAUAAGCCAUUGAAAAUUUGCGGGAAAUAAUUCUCUCUAGAUUUUUCAUACUUUUAACAUUGGCAUCUUUUUCUUUAAAAAAACGAUGAAAAAAUAAUAAGGAUUUUAUAAGACUUUCAAAGAUAACAUUCUAAACUAUAUGUAAUCAAAUUAUAGAAAGAAAAGUAGGGGUUAGUGGGCAAAAUUUUUGAUGACACUAUGUGGAUAAAACCAGAGGAUUCCGAAUAUCUGGCAAAAAUUCAAAAACAAGAGGAGCGAACAUCCUUAAUAAUGAUUAUUAUUGUUUUGCUUGUUCUUAUGUUUUUUUUCUAUAUAUUAAACUGUUAUCAUA